GAUGGAGAUGACGGCGACAUAGGACCUCCUGGUCCAAACGGUCCAAAGGGAGGACAGGGAAGGCCUGGACCACCCGGACCGCAAGGUCCGCGAGGCGACAGAGGAGAAAGAGGAAUGAAAGGAGUGAAAGGUCCGGAAGGAGAACAAGGACCAGAAGGAGAUAUGGGGGGAGGAUAA